GCCCACUCGCUUCUCUUUCUCUUAAAGAGCUGCUCUGGGUUGAGAUGCUCGUUGCUAUGGCGACAGCGUCCUGGCAACCGCUCCCAGAUGCUGGUCCUGAUGCUGCUGCUGCUUCUCCAUCCUCCUCUUUCCUUACCAGCCAAGCCGAGAAGCGAAAGGAAAAGAGAGGAUGCUUUUGGGGGAUGCAUGGAUGGAGGCCUGCCUUCCUCUUGAGCCUUGAGGGCCGUGCUUCCCGGUGAUUUCUGCCCCUCCUUCCCUGCUUUCCGACCACCUCCGCCUUUUUUUCCCCGCAGGUCUAAAUUCCUGGAAGGACAAGAUGGCUCAGAGGAGCCCCGUCUUCACGACCCUCGGACCAAGUGAAAGGCGUGUCCGGAACCUCCCCCUGCACAGCCAUGCGCUGACGGCGGUGCCCUUGGGCUCAGCGCGGCUGGUGGACCAGCUGGAGGACCGCAUCUUGAGCCAUGAGAAGACCACGGCGGCUCUGGUGGAGCAUGCCUUCCGCAUCAAGGAGGACAUUGUCUGCACUCUGCACCGCAUGCAGAACAAGGGCGGUGGGGACCGGCUGGCCCGGCAGCUGCUGGAGGAGCACAUCCGCAACAUCACUGCCAUCGUGCGCCAGCUCAACCGAGACAUCGAGAUGCUGCAGGAGCAGAUCCGGGUCAGGGACAGCCUCAGUUACGGGACCAACUCCACCCUGAAGAGCCUGGAGAUGCGCCAGUUGUCCGGCUUGGGAGACCUGCGGGGCCGCGUCGCCAGGUGCGAUGCGGGAUUGGCCCGCUUGUCGGCUGAACACAAAGUCACCUACGAGAGGCUCCAGAACCUGAGCAAAGACCAGCAGGCGACGAAGCUGAUCUUGGAGUCCAAAAUUAAAGAAGCCGAGAUUCAGAUUUCCCACCUGUUGAACAGGAUAGAGACCUCCAUCAUACAGCAGGAAGCCAAGCUGAAGUUCACCUACAAAGAGAGCAACCAGCAGCUGCACCUUCUGGACACAAAGUUGCAGGACGCCAUCGAUUACCUGAGCGCCCAGAUCUCUUCAGCGCGCAGCUGGGUGGAGCAGGAGCAGGGCCGCUUCCAGAAGGAGUUUGCAGAGAAGGUGGACCGGCUUUCCCUGGCCAUCAAAGAGAAGAACGAAACAGACAGCCGGGCAAUCGAGCGGCAGCUGUGCGAGAUCCGGGGAAAGCUGGACCGCAUGGAGGACCUGCAGCAGAAGGCAGUGGCGGUGGAAGGAGGGCACGGCAGCGGGGUCAAGGCAGCUGGAGAGCGCAUUGAGGGGCAGCUGGCCGCGCUCCAGGCCAACCUCAACCAAGACAUCAAGGGGGUCAAGGCUGAGGUCAAUGCUGGCUUUGCGGCUGUCUAUGAACACAUGGGAUCCCUGCGCGAGGCCCUGGAGAAGAAGAUGGAGCGCGACAAGGAGGAGCUGCAGGGCCAGAUCCAGCCCGCCAAGUGAAGGACCGCCUUCAGAGAAUGCUGCUGCAGAACCAGGGAUGGACGUGGAUGCAAAAACAGAAACACUCUAGAACCCUCCAGAACCCGCCGUGGGAUCCACGGUCACCAUCAUAAUGCAAAACCUUUUGGGAAAGCAAGCAACCUUUUGGGCUUUUAGAUUCUGCUAUUUCAACAGACUUGGCUAUUCCUUGCAGUUGACCAGGUGAUGCUGCAGCAGACAAGACUAAGGCCAUUGCAGGCUGCCCCUACAUCAGGCAUGGGAAAUUUUUCAGGAAUUGUGGGAGCUGAAGUCCAAAACACCUGGAGGGCUGGAGUUAGCCCUUGCCUGCUCUACAUUCAAUACUUGAAAAGAGGAGAAACAUUGGGAAGCACUUUCUAAAUAUUGUCGAAAGCUUUCAUGGCUGGAAUCACUGGGUUGCUGUAGGUUUUUUCGGGCUAUAUGGCCAUGUUCUAGAGCAGUGUUUCUCAACCUGGGGAUCGGGACCCCUGAGGGGUUCGCGAGGGGG